AUGAGCGACGAAAGUGUGAAGAUGACAGGGAUCUGGCAGAUAGUAAGACUCAGAGAGAUGCUGCAUAAAUGGCAAUCGGUUGCCCUCAGUAAAAAGGAGGAGCAACCAUGUUCAUCUGGUAUUCCCCCUUCUGUCGACAAGCGCCUAAAGAAUGUGUUGUCCCAAUGUGACUCAGAUGAAGAGAGCUGCCAAAGCCCGCAACCCCCACCUGAUGUCCCCAAGGGUCACUGCCCGGUCUACAUAGGACCAGAGCAGCGGAGGUUCGUCAUACCGACAAGUUACCUGAGCCUUCCAGUGUUUAAACUGCUCCUAGACAAGGCUGAGGAGGAGUUUGGAUUUGAUCAUCAGGGCGCGCUCACGAUCCCUUGUGAGGUGGAAACUUUCAAGUAUAUUCUCCUCUGCAUGGAAAGAUAUAAAAGGGGCCUCAUUGAUGAUGAAGGAAAUCCAACAGGCUUAGAGGAAUAGUACUACUUGGACUUGUUUGCAUUCUGCAGUGUCGAAGGCCUGAUUCAUUUACAGUUAAGUGGUUGCCGUCUGAUCAAAGUUAGUGAUUUCUUUUUUGCUAAGACAAAUUUGUUGGAAUCCGAUGUACUCAGUGUAUUGCGUGUAAGGAUUUGAGGUUCAACCUUUUCUGUUUUCCUUCUUCUUCCCUUCUUUUCCUUAUGAAUCAAUGGGUUUGCUGUACUGGUUCUUUACAGUCUUGAGAAAUGAUUCUGUUAACAUGUGACUAUUGUGAUCCUUGGUUUCGAUGCAUUGCUAUAAUCCACUUUUGUUGGUUA